AUGCUGCAGCAUGGAACCUGGCAGAACGUGGAACGAUACAAACAGAAGCGGAAAGAGCAGACCCGUAUCUUUCGGGAGAAAAAACGCCACCUGGAAGAAGCGGAAUGCGAGGAAAUGGAACUGCUGUACCGCUCUCAAGAAACACAGAAAUUCUACAAGAAGCUCAACAAAUCCCGCAACAGCCCUGUGUCGCGAGCUGAAAUGUCCAGGGAUAAGUACGGGAGCCUCUUAACGGAUGGACGUGAGGUGAUUAAAAGGUGGAAGCAGCACUUCGAUGAGCACCUGAACGGCGCGGAGAACGUAGGCAUGGGGAUUCAAGAUGACGGGAGAAACGUCUACGUCCGUGCAGCAGAAGACGGAAAUGAUCCAGCUCCCACAUUGAGAGAAGUUAAGGAUGCCAUGCACCAGCUCAAAACCAACAAAGCAGCUGGUAAGGAUGGCAUCGCAGCUGAACUCAUCAAGAUGGGCCCAGAAAAGUUGGCCACGUGCUUGCACCGAUUAUUAGUCAGGAUCUGGGAAACCGAACAGCUACCGGAGGGGUGGAAGGAAGGGGUAGUUUGCCCCAUUCACAAGAAAGGCGACCAUUUGGAAUGCGAGAGCUUCCGAGCGAUCACAAUUCUGAAUGCCGCCUACAAAGUUUAUCAAGCCGGCCUCGUCGAUGGCCGAUCGACAACGGACCAGAUCUUCACCGUGCGGCAAAUACUCCAAAAAUGUCGUGAAUACCAGGUCCCAACGCAUCACCUGUUCAUCGACUUCAAGGCAGCAUACGAUAGCAUCGACCGCAUAGAGCUAUGGAAAAUUAUGGACGAGAACAGCUUUCCUGGGAAGUUGACUAGAAUGAUCAAAGCGACGAUGGACGGUGUGCAAAACUGCGUAAGGAUCUUGGGCGAACUAUCCAGUUCAUUCGGAUCUCGCCGAGGACUGCGACAAGGUGACGGACUCUCCUGCCUACUAUUCAACAUCGCCUUGGAAGGAGUAAUGCGACGAGCCGGGCUUAACAGCCGGGGUACGAUUUCCAUGAAAUCCAGUCAAUUUGUGUGCUUUGUGGAUGACAUGGACAUUAGCGCGAAAAACUUUGGAACGGUGGCAGAGUUGUACACACGCCUAAAACGCGAAGCAGCAAAGGUUGGACUGGUGGUGAAUGCGUCGAAAACAAAGUACAUGCUAGUAGGCGGAACCGAGCACGACAGGAUUCGUCUAGGAAGUAAUGUCACGAUAGACGGGGAUACCUUCUAG